ACACAAGCGCAAAAUAGCAAAGCACGCGGAGGGUUGAUGAUCCCGUUUUAUUUGACGAACAAGCAAGCUGUGGAGGUGGAGCUCCAUUUCCACUCCCAAAAGAGACCCAAGAAGCCCAAAAAGACUUUCUGAGAUCUCAAGGACAAAACCAAGCAACCCCCAAAAUCUCCAUCUGCCAUCACCGUCUUCACCGACUUUGAGAACCCAAAACGAACACCAUGUUCCCAAUUCUCAUAACCUACAAGAAUCUUUUUCUCCAUGCCUCACUCUCCUUCUUACUCACUCUCCUCCUUACCUUCCUCAAAAUCCCAGUCUUCUUCCUCCAUGGUCUCCAUACUUAUAUCCACCCAGAUAAUCUCAGCAAUGGCGUCAAAGCUGCUAUUCGGAGACCCGAUGGCUCCUCCGAUUCGGCUUCGGGGUUCUCAUCCAAAACCAACGCUGAGAUCAGAAAGAGAACCAAAUCCAAGGACAACAAGUUUGAGUUCGAUGAAAGCAAUGCUCAGAUCUUCAGGCUAAAGCUCGACGAUGCCCAUCUUCAAUCCCGCCUCUAUUUCUACGAGUAUCGGAAUGCUUUUACCUUCUCGCUUGUGGUUAUUUCUUCUCUGCUGCUUGAGAAAUACUUGAAUGGUGGAUCGGAAGAAUCUGGGUCUUUUGCAAAUGGGGGUUUUGUUCCGGUUCUGCUAGGAUUUGUGGGUGUUUUUAAGUUUCUGACAUUGCUCGCCAAGGUUUCUUUUGAAAAAUCUGCGUCGAGGAGGUCGGAGAAGCAACUGAGUGUUCUCUUUGGGGUUUUGGGAGCCAUAGUUGGGAAUAUGGUUUGCUUCCUAAUUAGUCCUUCAGUUCUGGAUUUCAAUUUUGGUCCAAUUGAUGGUUUUGGUAGAUUUUCGAUUGCUGUUUUAAUGGGUUGCUUAGCUGGUUUUCUAUUUAUGCCUGCAACGAAGAGUGCCAGGGCGUUUUGGCUUGGAACUGAUCAGCCCAGGUCUAAUUUGGCAAUGAUUUCAUGCGGAUGGUUUGGUAGACUAACUCUCUAUGCAAAUUAUUUGGUGAUUCUAUUCGCGGCGAUUCUAUGGAUUAAACCUUUGUCAGAAAUGUUGGUCAACAAGAACAUUGCUGAUGGUAAAGAUGUGCAUUUGGACAACAAAUUUGGACAUUUAGAGAGAUUGUUUGGAAGUGUAGGAAUUUUGCCUUCUGAUUUUGCUAAACUUAGGAUUUGGUGCUUAUUGCUUUCGGGUUUCUUGCAACUUGUUGCUCUGCGACCGAACUUGCAAAUGUACUUGAACGAAGCUCUUUUGUGUUGGUACCAGAGGUUGCAUGCUAGCAAAGUCCCUGAUUUGGAAUUUAGCAGGGCAAAAGUUUUUCUUCACAAUCACUUCUUAUGUCUCGUAGUUUUGCAGUUUCUUGCACCCCCAGUUUUGUUACUUGUCUUUCUAGGAUUAUCUCAACUUGAUGGUAAUUCCAUCGAAGAUUACCAAUUGGUUUGUGGUUUACUGCCUUGCUCUGCUUUUCUUAAGGAAGUGGCUUUAUUUCUGGCUUGGUGGGUUGUCUUUAUUUGGGCUGUUUAUACUUCAGUGACUCUUUUGCUGUUUCGUCGUGGCAAUUUAUAUGUUUCUUGAUGACUUUGAUCCUGUAGCAUGCAACUUUUACCAUUGGUUGUUCGGUUGGAUUUUUUGUUAGUUUUGAGUGAAGAGUGUUCUACUUGUAACGAGAAAUUUAUGAACGCAAAUUAUGGGGCAACAUAAGCACCAUCUAGUAUACACA